AUCACAUACUUAGAUAUGUCUUCAUAUAUAGAGGAAAUAACAGCGUGAACAACCUCUUCCUAAAACAAUUUCUCUCCUCCUCCUUUCUCAUUCUCUAUAACCCAUAAACUGACUGGGGAUUGAUUAUCUAUUGGCAAUUGUUUAUGGGUUAUAGUUAAUUUACAGAUUGAUUGAAGAUUUGGUGUCUGGGUAGCUUGUUUUGCUAUGAAUUGAUCAAUUCCGUGGCUGAUUUUUUCUUAUUCUGUUGAAGAUUUGACUGUGGAAAAUGAUUCAAGUACUGGCCUUUCCAUUUUGUUUGUUCAAUCAUGAUUUCAAUUGAUGAGUCCUGCUUGCAAAUGAAGGAGCUGCUCAAUCCGAUUCAAGUCAAGCUUGCUAAUUGCCAGUGAUGGAAUCCAAAUGAAGGAGCAGUCUUAACCAGAGUAAUUGAAAUUGGAGAUGGGGAAGUUUAGAAGAAAUUGAAGAGGGAGAGGAUCGAGUCCUGCUUGCACCAAACAUGGGUCAAGGCUUCCAUAGCAUAAGCCAGGCUUGAGGAAUGAAGGACUAUUGAAGGAACUAAGCCCGGGUAACACAGUCCCCCUUACCAAACGUGCUGUAAGGUCACAAUGAACCCAGAAACUGAAGUGGCAAAUCCUCAUCAUCACCACUUGGUUCUAAUCCAUGGCGUAGGGCAUGGAGCUUGGUGCUGGUACAAACUGAGAUGUCUCCUGGAAGCAUCAGGCCACAAAGUGACAUGCAUGGAUCUCAAAGGUGCUGGUAUUGAUCAGUCUGAUCCCAAUACAAUCCUCACUUUCGAAGACUAUAACAAGCCUCUCAUCAACUUCCUGUCCACCUUGCCCCAUGAUGAAAAGGUAAUACUUGUUGGACACAGCGCAGGUGGUAUGAGCUUGACAGAUGCAAUACACAGGUUUGGUAACAAAAUACAUAUGGCCAUAUAUGUGGCUGCAACCAUGUUAAAGUAUGGGUUUUCGACAGAUCAAGAUUUCAUAGAUGGAGAACCUGACUUGUCAGCAUUUGGAAACGUAAAUGAAUUUAUAUUUGGGUUCGGACCUGACCAGCCUCCAACUAGUGUCAUAAUGAAGGAAGACUUUAGGCACCAAAUCUUGUAUCAUAUGAGCCCUAUCCAGGACUCGAGUUUAGCUUCGAUGCUGCUGCGUCCUGGACCGGUUAUGGCGUUGCAAGGCGCUCGAUUCAAAGGAAAUGGUGAUGAAGUAGAUUGUGUGCCUAGAGUGUAUAUCAAGACCAUGAAAGAUCGUGUUCUAAAGCCAGAGCAACAAGAUGCUAUGAUUAAGAGGUGGCCACCAUUCCAAGUCUUUGUUCUUGAUAGCGACCAUAGCCCGUUUUUCUCCACCCCCUUUUCUCUCUUUGAUUUGUUACUUAAAGCAUCGGCUUCCAUAAAAUAUUAUUAUUCAUAAAACCAACGAUAUGACAUUUAUUUGGCAAACAUUGACCAUAAUCAUCCCCUCAAAGUUGGAGUGCUAUCUUCAUAAAAAAAAGAAGAAGUUGGAGUGCUAUGGAGAGCUAAAAUGGGAGAGUUAUGGAGGCCGAUGCAUAUGUUAAAUAGGAAGAAGAUGCUUUAUUAUGCACCUUAAAAUUGUUCGAGUCACCUUUAUUAUGUCCAAUCUCAUACAUGUCGUAGAGUCAUAGAAUAAAACAAUAGUUGCAAGUGACCUACACCAUUCCAGG